UACCAGACCAGGCAGGGAGCAUUCUGAAGCUCCAGGGAGCCCGAGGGAAGACGACACCAGAGAAGAUCCAAGCUUAAACGUCCACAUCCAGCCUUCUCACAGAAGCUCUCCAGGAAGGAACACAGGAGUUCAAAAGAUGAAAGGUGCCCACUCCUUGGCUGGUCUCCUGCUUCUGGUGCUGGUCCAGAGCAGCUGGCAGGUGUCUGAUGGGGACACAGAGGAUGACUCCAGCCUGACUGAGGACUUGAUGUUCAACGACCCAAACGAGCUCACAGCCAUGAAGAGACACUCAGAGGGAACUUUCUCCAACGACUACAGUAAAUACCUGGAGACAAGGAGAGCACAAGAUUUCGUCCAGUGGUUAAAGAACUCAAAGCGAAGUGGGAAUCCCAGCAGACGGCAUGCGGAUGGCACCUACACCAGCGACGUCAGCUCCUACCUCCAGGACCAAGCGGCCAAGGAGUUUGUCUCCUGGCUGAAAACUGGCCGAGGCAGACGAGAGUAGAACCUCUAGACGCUACCCCUCUGACCCCUGACCCCUGACCCCUGCAAGCAAGCAGACAGCUCGUCUGUUGCAGCUCAUGCACCUCCACCCUCUCCACCCUCGGCCUGUUUUAUAACCUGUCUCCUACUUUAUCUGGUCAUGCUAAUAAAUUUCACUGGUAAAUGCUG